CUACAUGUUAUAAUAAUUAAUAUAUUUACACGCUAAGAUCGUUCUAUUGCGAUCAUGCGUCUGGAAAUAAAAUAGAGUUUUAAUGGGAACACAAGGGUAAAUUAUAAAAAGGUGGAAAGGAUGCCGAGUUGCGGUGGUCUGUUCAGAAUCAUUAGACGCCGCCUUGUACUUGGUUUGAUCUUUGCUUUGUCUCUCACCUACUGUGCUUUUUCUCUUUUUCGAGACCAGAAAAACUCUUUACCCUUGGACAAUGAUCUUGACGACAUGGACCCUAUGAUUAUCAAUGACAAUAACGAUGACUUAAUCUCAGAUGAUGAUGCAUUGUCAGAACAGUUGAGAGCAUCUGGCAAACCAUCAUCGUGGCAAAUGGCAAUUGAUCAAGGAGCAAAUGAAAAUGCAUUAAACAUAGAUGUAAUGUCGAAUCUGAAUGACACUGAUACAGUGGUUCAUCCAUGUCGUAAUUCUGUACAGGGCAAAGUUCUGAUAGUAGAUGAACGUGGUAUCGUAUGCUCCAGACAAGAUAUUCUACCAAAUGGUUGCUGUAACAUAGAUCAAAAGGAUCCCACAAAAAAUGAAGAUACAUCAACUGUAACUAAGAGCGAGAGGUACAGUUGUAAAACUUGUAACGCUCAAGGGUGCUGUGCAAUUUAUGAAUACUGUGUCUCUUGCUGCCUACAUCCUGGCAAGCAAAUAAAGGGAAGGAAGGAUGUGCUAUUAGGUUUACUUAGAGACAACCACAAGGCACACAAGGACCAGGACGCGGUGAAGAAGCGUCUACGCAAUUUAGACCGUUUUCAAGUUUGCUUGGCUGCGUGUCGUACUUCCAGUGCGAGUGUCCGCCACGAAAAUACCUACAAAGAUCCGCAUUCGAAACAUUGUUAUACUCUUCAACUAUCUCAUCAAAGACACCGACGCGAUGUUGACAAUAAUAAUGACGACAACUCUGUUGUCAUUGCAUCUUUUUCUGUCAUGCCGUUACUUACCCUCCUCUCUCCUUUCUGCCUAAUCUCGCGUAUAAACAAUGAUUCACUUCUAUUAUCGUGCAAUUAUCAUACUCCAAUGUCAUUUAAUUAUUACUCUCACGUACAACCACCUUGAAAUAUAAAUUACAUUCAACGUAUUGGUGAAUAUUUUCAUGGGGUUUAUGCCC